UGGUCCUAAUUAUAAAUUGUUUAGCUUAGCUUGGUUUCCCGUAUUCUCCCACGACUUUUGAAAUCUAACGGCCAAGACAGAAAGAGAAAACUAUUCGUGGGAAAAGAUGACAACUUUGGUGCUUUUAAAAUUUGAUGGCGUAGUUAAGUCUGCAAUUUGGCAUAGACUCACGCAGCUGUAUCUGGAAAUUGCCUUUGGCCACAUGGCUUAAAGGUAAUAAUGUAGUAAUCCAGCCAAAAGCACUCGUAUACGACUACGACGACCAUUGACGACAACGUGUUCCUGAUUCUAUUGCUGCUGCUGCUGCUGCUCCUGGUGCUCCUUCAUGGCUGUCAACUUGCAGUUGAAUAAUUUAAGCGCCAUUUAUCCAUCCCUAAUGUAUGUGGCUGCAUCAUCUCUUGCCACUGGAGGUGGUAUAGGCCUGCACGAGAACAUCUCCAUAGUUUAUGAGGAUUUCAAUGGCACUGUUAAUCGUGCCUUGUUGCCGGCAACAACAUCAUCAUCAUCAUCUUCAUCAGCAUCGUCUUCAUCAUCAUUGGCAGUAACAACAAGCACUUUAAAUGUAUCAAGUGAUACACAAUUGUCAACGGGCCUGCAAUUGGGGUCAAAUGUCACACAAAACUUGGAUUUCAAUGAUAUUAUACAACCGGAUUCAACCAGUUUCACCUACUACAAUGAAUCGGCAGCUGCCGCCGAAUGGUCACAUUUCUAUGAUCUCAUAUUAUCAUGGCAGGGCAUAUGCCUGAUUACGGUAUUCUCCACAUUCAUAGUCCUAACCGUAAUUGGCAAUACGCUUGUCAUAUUGGCCAUAUUAACCACACGGCGACUCCGUACGAUAACCAAUUGUUUUGUGAUGAGCUUGGCGGUGGCCGAUUUACUUGUGGGAAUAUUCGUUAUGCCACCGGCAGUGGCAGUCCAUUUGAUUGGUUCCUGGCAGUUAGGCUGGGUCCUUUGCGAUAUUUGGAUAUCCCUUGAUGUGCUCCUUUGCACGGCCUCCAUUCUGAGUUUAUGUGCCAUCAGCGUUGACAGAUACCUCGCUGUGACCAGGCCGCUAACGUACUCACGUAAACGUCGGUCGAAACGCUUAGCCUUAAUCAUGAUACUAAUCGUUUGGCUGUUAGCCUUGGCCAUAACAUGUCCACCGAUGCUUGGUUGGUAUGAGCCAGGACGACGAGAUUUAAGAGAAUGCCGAUAUAAUCAAAAUGAAGGCUAUGUAAUCUUCUCUGCAAUGGGCUCAUUCUUUAUACCAAUGGCAGUCAUGAUUUAUGUAUAUGCUCGAAUUUCAUGUGUUAUUGCAUCGAGGCACGACAAUAUGACCGAUAUAAGUGUUCACAACAAGAAAUUUAAACGUUAUACUGCAGCCGAUGUUGAGAAUGAGUUUUCGGAGCAGGAGCAUAGCUCCGGGCAAAAGCACAAGCAUAUGAAUGCGGCACGUACGUUCUCCAACCAGUCCAUUGCCAAGGAAUUGCAUGAUAUUAUGCUAAGCGAUAGCGAAGUGGGUGUGGCAGCAGCUGCUGGAGGAGGUGGAGGAGGAGGCGGUGGAGGAGCAGCAUCAGCAGGUGGCAUUAAUGCCCAUUGUCAGUCGCUGUUGGCAUUGCCAUCGUCCACUCAUAGUGUUGGUGGAAGAAAUAGCUACGAGUUGACUCGACCCUCCUCGCUAAAGCGCACAUCGACCACUUCAACAACCAUUACCACAAUGACAAGUGGCAUAGGUCCGGGCAGCAGUCUAUUGGAUGCACAAUGGCAGCCGCAACAGCAACCGCGUACGCCCAGCUUUCGGCACUCUCACCUUGGAGUUGGAGCUGCAAGUGCCUCCCAGCAGCAGCAGGGUGAUCGGCGUAGCCAACAUUUACAACUUCAUCAUCAGCAUCAGCAUCAUCAUCAUCAUCAUCAUCAGCAUUUGCAAGGAGGAGGUCAAACCACAAGCGCCGCUGCAUCGAACACCAAUAGCAAAUCUCUAUCGAAUCGUAUUACAUCAUUGAAGAAGGAAAACAAAACGACACAGACACUGAGCAUUGUUGUUGGCGGCUUUAUAGCCUGUUGGCUGCCGUUUUUCAUUUACUAUCUCAUCACGCCAUUUCUGGCCGAGCAUCAAGUCAGCCGCAUGCUGGCAAAGGCACUCACCUGGCUGGGUUGGUUCAACAGUGCCAUCAAUCCGUUUAUCUACGCCUUUUACAGUGUUGAUUUUCGUGCUGCCUUUUGGCGUUUGACCUGCAAGCGGUUUUUCAGUGCCGCCCAAAAGCCGCAGUUCCCCACCAACACCAUGUCCAUAAGGCGAUAAAAAGGAUUCAAUUUCGCCCAACUCCAACUCCAACCCAUCCAUCCACCCACUGGAUAGACAUUCAUAUGAACUAUAAAAAUGAACAUAUUAUUAACUUAAUCAUUAACUUUAAGCGACCUAGUCAAUGACGCCGUAGUUCCCUUAGCUAGGUGUGGUUAAUUGCACCGUAAGUCUUUCAACCUGACAGACAGACAGACAUCGCAUGUACAUAGAUACAUUACUUUCCGUAUGUAAUUUUGCCUAUAUAUCUCUUUUGUUUUGUUUUGUUUUUUUUUUUUUAUUAUUAGGGUUUGGUUUCCAUUCUUUGGGCUUGCCAACAAGCGGCUAAUCAUUUUACAAUUUGACAUUUAGCUUUUUCCCUUUCUUUUUUCUUUGUUCUUGCUCUCUUUGCUCCCUCUGACUGUUUCUCUUUGUUAAAGAAUCUAAUGACUUCUCCCACUCGAUUUGUCUUUUGGCAUUAUACAUGCCAGCAAAGGCAUACACAUAUUUAUACCCUCUCGUUUUGCAAAAGGGUAUAUUAACUAUGUGAAUAAAGAGAGUAACCCAAGCAAAAGCAAAUGAAUUAAAACCUUUCGCCAUGUCUAUCCAAGGAAUCAGUAUUAUUGGUGAAAAAAAGGAGUUGAAGUAGUCGAUUGAAAUAUAUAAACACAAAUUGAAAUUCAAAAUUAUUUUGUAGCUGUUUCAGGUACUAAUAUUUUAUACCCUUUGAUUGAAAUUAUACACAAGAGAAUUUCUUUCUUUAGUUUUGUUGAAUUUCCCUAAAUUUAUCAUUUUAAAAGCAAAGUAUUUGCAGCUGAUGGAAGUAGGAAAAAUCUUAACAAUGUGUUAAGUGUUGAACAGUUUCAAAAAAAAUACCUUAAAAAAAUUUAAAAAAAUUAAAAAGUCAAACA